AUGGCCGCGGCAUGUAAUGAGGAUGAGGAGGGUGAUGCAUUGGUGGUCUGUGGUGCAUUGGUGGCCCGUGAGGCCCCGCCAUCGGAUAUUCAUGCAUUGGGGGACGAAAAUCUCUGUGGUGUGGAGGAACAGAAGGGGGAAUACCAUAUGCCCUAUCAUCCGGUGGUGGCCUACGCCGCUCAGGCACCGGAGACCACGCGUACGAAUAAGGACGAUCAUAAUCUGGUGGCG